UGUGUUUUUUAAUAAAGUAAACUGUUAAAAACAGAUUUAAUUGUAGAAUUUAUAACAAACUUAAUACGAUUGAGUCUGUGCUACAUUUUUAUAUUAUAAAACUAAAAUAAUUGAUUAAACUUGAUUUAGUAGAAGUUAAAAUGUUCAAAAAAUUUGAUGACAAAGAAAGUGUUAUAGGAAUUCAACAAUUAAAAUCAUCUGUCCAAAAAGGUAUUAGAACAAAAAUAAUUGAACAGUAUUCUUCUUUAGAAGAAUAUAUAGAUCAGAUUUUGCCUAAAAAAGAUGCAUUAAGAAUUGUAAAAUGUCAAGAUCAUUUAGAAAUUAUUGUGAAUUCAGCUGGAGAUUGUUUAUUUUUUCGACAUAGAAAUGGACCAUGGUUGCCCACCUUAAAACUUCUUCAUAAAUAUCCAUUCUUUCUUCCUAAAGAACAAGUUGAUCUAGGAGCUAUUAAAUUUGUAAUGAGUGGAGCUAAUAUUAUGUGUCCUGGUUUAACAUCACCUGGAGCUAAAAUAGAGCCUGUACCUCAAAACACAAUUGUUGCAGUAAUGGCAGAAGGAAAACAACAUGCACUUGCAAUUGGAAUUACUAGCUUAUCAACUGAUGAUAUAUUAAAAGUGAACAAAGGAGUAGGAAUUGAAAACUGUCAUUAUCUUAAUGAUGGACUAUGGCAGAUGAAACCCGUAAAAUAAUUUAAAAGAUUAUCUUACAGUCAAAACACCUUUUUUUCCAGGAUAUACUUUUAUGAUUUAAUUUUGAAAAAAAAUCUGACUGCCUACACUUCUCAACAUCUGAAGAUAUAAUAUAAAAAUACAGCAUAAAUAUAAAUUAAAAAAUGUUAAUUUUGUUAACUAUUUCUAUUAAUUUAGAAAUAAAUAAAAUACAAAAGUGAAUA